AUGUCUAAACACGCCACCUUAAUCAAACCUCCCAAAUCCCUCGGCCACCACUCCCCCAUCGAGUCCGUCCUCUCGCUCCUCCCCCUCUCUGACAUCGGUCCCGACAUCUACACUAACGCCCGCCCACUCUGGCACCCUCCCGGUGCACGGGGCAUCUACGGCGGCGCCGCCAUCGCCCAAUGCCUCUCCGCCGCCCAAUCCACCGUUCCCACCAACUACACCGUGCACAGCAUGCACUGCUACUUCGUCCUCGCCGGCAACUCCGAGAUCCCCAUCCUCUACCACGUCGAGCGCGUCCGCGAUGGCAAAUCCUUCAUUACGCGCACUGUGCAAGCCCGGCAGCGCGGAAAGCCGAUUUUCACGACGACGAUAAGCUUCCAGCGCACCGAUGCGGCUGGCGGCGUGACGGUUGACCACCAUCUGAAGCCUCCACCUAACGUCCCCGUGCCGGAUGAGGGCGACCAAGCGGCGUUUCAGACACAAUGGCUCUCUCGCGUGACUGGGUCCGGCGAGACUAACCCCGCGCUAGGCCGGCCCUUCGAAAGCGUCAAAGUCGGCAUCACGCCUCGUGGGUCUGCACCUCCAGAGACGCGGCGCAUCGUGCAGUGGAUUCGAUGUCGAGGCCGCAUCAGCGACUGUCCGCAAAACGUCCGCGCCGAGGAAGAAGCGACGCAGCAGAGGCUGUUCAAGCAAGAAGAGGGGAACCACCAGGCCCAUUUGAGUGCGCUGGCGUACAUGUCUGAUAGCUGGUUCAUUGGGACGGUAGCGCGUGUGCAGCGGUUGCAAAGAUUUAGUGACAAGGAGCGUCGGCAGGCAAUGCUGGCGUCGUUCAAGGGAAGCAAAGAGGAGUUGGAAGAGAUGAAGCAGGUGAUGGAGGAAAAUGCUAAGGAAGAGGAGGAAGAGAGGCGGACGGACUAUCCAGGCUCUUCGUCGUCGCAGAGUCAAACUGACGACGGACCACAGGUCGGCGCCGCGAGCCCACCAGUAGGCGCGCAAGGCCACAGAAUAGGCAUGAUGGUCAGUCUAGACCACACUAUCUAUUUUCACAACCCGAGGGCGUUCAGGGCGGACGAGUGGCUGCUCACGGAGAUGGACAGUCCAUGGGCAGGCGAUGCGCGAGGCUUGGUGCAGCAGAGGAUCUGGACCAAAGAUGGGGUUCUGGUGGCAACGUGCUACCAGGAGGGUGUGGUAAGGCUGGACCAGGGUGAUGGGAGGGCGACAAGGAGUUCUGGAGUGAAGGAGAACAAGUUGUGA